GCCACUUGUUUAUUAGAUGGUAGCUUGUUGCUCUUUUUGGUAACCCAUCUAGUGAUAUUGAUGAGUCCGGUCUUUUUUACAAUUUCAAGUUUUUAAGAUGUCUAUGCAACAUAUCACAAUGUGCGGGUGGUCAAAGUCACUUUAAAAAAAGGCCUGCCAUAUCGCCAUUAACCGGUGUCAGUAGUGAGCUUGGUCAAGGCGAGGCUAAGGCUAAAACUCACCUUAAAUUAGCCCCUUGAAUCAAUGACUUGAGAUUAAAUUUUUCACUAUCUUGUUUUGGGUCAGAGCUCCAGGCUCCUUUUUUUUUUGUUUGGUGGUAGAUAUGCAGAAUCAGCUAGGGAUAUCCACUGACCAAAUAUACUAAGGAUAUGUAAAUUCUGGCAAAAACUGGUAAGGACUAAGGAUACACAAAUCAGUAUUGGGCUUAUUUAUCUAGUUUAGACCACCCACACUUCUUUUUUCAUUUAUUAUGAUAUGGCACUUAUUUUACUUUUGUGACAAAUAUCGUUUUGCGGCAAAUCCAUGAAAUUCUGCAAAAUGUGUGACAUGUGUCUAAGGUUAGUGCCAUCAUCUUGUCACAUGAUUUGAGUUACAAAAUGACAAUUUUGCCACACCUUUUUGCUUCCUUUCAGUUUGGUCUAUCUCUCUAACUUUCUGUACACCAGACUCCAGGGUCCGUAGGCUGUAGCAGCAAGAGGACCCCAAAAACCUUGGGUUUUGUAAGGAAUUUUGUUCACUUUCACUUGUCUACCACUACUGGUAUUGGAUUGCAGCUAACUCAAAUUCAGAUUUCACACUUAUUAUUGUUGUCAUUAGGGUUCUUUCUUUUCAUUUAGAAUUACAAGUACAACCUUGUAAGAGAGAGAGAGAGAGAGAAGUAGCCAGGUAACUGCAGAGGUUUCUAGAUUUCAACGAAGGUAGGUCAACUGCAACGUUGACAUUUUCUCAAGCAUGUUUCGUUCCAUGCUGUUGCUACAGUCAUAGGACCCCAUAGAAAAAACAGAGUCAAGUUGAUUUCUUUUUCUCUCUCUAUCUUUUGCUUUGUUUUUGGUCCUUUCCUCUUUACUUUUCCUUGUUAGUAUGCCUAAAGCUUGCUUUUCUUUCACAAUUGGUGACUUGGGUUUUGUCCCAAAACAAGAAAAGAUGAUAAAUUUGUUCAAAUUUUGAAAUUGCAAGCUCAAAAUUUUAGUUUAGAACUUUGUAUUAUUCUCAGUUCUGUAAUGCCAUUACCAUAUUCUAAAAUGUAUAGGCUUCACUCUCAAAUCCACCAGAGUAAUGGUGCUCCUAUUCUUUCUCCAUAUUCUCCUCCUUCUUCUUCUUCUUCUUCUUCUUCUUCUUCUUCUUCUUCUUCUUCUUCUUCUUCUUCUUCUUCUUAUAGUUCUUCUAAUUCAGCUUCUUCAUCCUCAGAUUCUUCAUCUGGGAAUAGUAGAAUAAGCCCUGCAAUUAUUUUCAUCAUAGUAAUUUUAUCUGUUGUGUUCUUCAUCUUGGGCACCCUCCACCUGCUUGUUAGAUUUCUCAUGAGACAAAGAUCUUCUUCUUCCUCAUCAAUUUCUCAAUCCAAUAGGUAUCCUGAAAUGUCUGAAUCUGAUGCAUACCAGAGACAGUUGCAGCAAUUAUUCCACCUCCAUGACUCAGGUUUAGAUCAGGCUUUCAUUGAUGCACUCCCUGUGUUUCUCUACAAGGAGAUAAUUGGCUUGAAGGAGCCAUUUGAUUGUGCUGUUUGCCUUUGUGAGUUCUUGGAACAAGACAAGUUGAGGUUGCUGCCAAAUUGCAACCAUGCUUUUCACAUUGACUGCAUUGACACAUGGUUGCUUUCAAAUUCAACUUGUCCCCUUUGUAGAGGGACACUUUAUGCACCAGGGUUUUCAUUUGAGACCCCAUUUUUUGACUUUGAAGGUCCAUGUUAUGAGGACGAAGAUGGUGUUUCAGUUUCAGGAUUUGGUGUCGAUGGUGCUGGUUCUUCUAACAAGCCUGCUGAGAAUCACAUAAGGAAUGGGAAGAGGGUUUUUUCUGUGAGGCUUGGAAAAUUCAGAAGCUCAAAUAAUAAUGGAGUAGAUGGUGUUGAAAAAUGUGAAGGAGAGAGUAGUAAUAGUAGUAUUAGUUUUAGUAAUAGUCAUGGUAAUUUGGAUGCAAGGAGAUGCUACUCAAUGGGGUCUUACCAAUAUGUUGUUGCUGAUUCUGAUUUGAGAGUGGCUUUGUGUCCAAGCAUCAGUGGCAGUAUGAGACAAUUGAUUAAGGGAAGAAUAGCUACAACAAAUGGGAACAAUUUUUCUUCAACUGAUGUUGAUGUUGUUGAAGGAAAAAAGAUCAGCAAUGCAAGAAAAGGUGAGAGCUUUUCUGUUUCCAAGAUAUGGCAAUGGUCUAGGAAGGAUAACAGUAAGUUAACAAGUUCAUCAGAGGCUCGAAUUCCAUAAUAAUCCUAUUUGUCACUGCAAUUUUAUUGCCAUGGAUGAACAACAAUGUCAGAGAUGAGUGGAAGGAGCAGCUUUUGGAGGUGGAGAAUGGCGAAGGACACCCGAAAAUGGAGGUACGCGAUCUUCGGAGAGUGUCGGAUGCAGGGGUCCCAA